GGGACCUGCCCAGUUUGAUUUGACGUCUCCUGGAGAAAGGAAGUGGCUUGCUUGCAGCAGUUGAAAUUCGUAGUACGUUUGAGCGACAGGACGUGGUUGGAGUUGUUCCGCGGAAGCAACAACAGCAAUUAAAACGAAUUUGUAGCCACGCUAUGUUGCACUGGCCUGUCGCAGGAAAGCCUUUAUUGAAUAUCUCACCAAAUGUAUUGCAAGUGAAUGUAGCAGACUAGAAGUAGGAUCGUGGGCCUGAAGAAAAUGAUGUCCUCCUGGCUAAUGUACAUAUUUGUAUAUGUAUUGGUCUGUGAUGGAGUUGUAGCACAACUGGAAAAUCGGGUGGUUUUCCUGUUCAACACCUUUCAGAAUAUGAAUGUGAAUGAGAACGAGACAGUGCAGGCAGUGGUCUCCAGAAUCCCCCCUGAAGUGUCCUUUAUCACCCUCCAGUUCCACACACAGCACAGCAAUGCUACGCUGUCCUACACCAGGAUGCCAGGGCUGGGCCUCUUUCUAACAGCGGUGGACUCAGGCCUUCUCUCACCCCUGAUCCCCGGUCAGACCAAGCUCUCCUGGUUCCUGCUGGCCCCUGAUGGGGACUCUGUGGCCGGCACUGGGGUCAUCCUCCCCUACACCAGCUCUGACCCAGUCCCUGGAGCUUGUAAUCUGGAGUUUGACCUGGACAUUGACCCAAAUGUCUAUCUCCACUACAACCUUUUUGAGACUACUAUCCACUUUGCACCUGCAAAUAUUGGAUAUUCAAGGGGCUCCAAUCCGCCUGCCUGUGACACUGAAGUGGGUGAAAACACUCGCUGGCGCCUGAGGUACGACAUCUACCAGUUCUUCCUGCCUGAGAGCGACCUAUCAGAGCAGAGCCUCAUCACCAGCAUCCAGAGUGUGGCCAGUGUGCAGACCAUGAGAGAGCAUGGGGAAAGGCUCAUGACACUAUCAUCCAAUGAUAAGACAGAGGUAGUGUUUAGCUCCAUCCCGGGCCAGGGUGUUAUCUACUCUGUCAUAGUCAGAGACCCAGUGCUUAACACCUCUUCCUCGUAUAUCCCUGUCCACACCUACGCCUGCAGCUUCUCCUCCACCCUGGAUGGCUGUGACACUCUGGGGAAGAUAUCCGCAAGGAUCUUCUUCACCAUCGCUGGUUUAGCUGGCCUCUUCGUGUGCUUCUUUGGUCACUGCUUCUUCAAAUGUGAGCUAUUCUGUAUGGGCUUUGUCUUUGCAGCGUUUCUUUUUUUUGUCCUGAUCACAAGAACUACAAAACUGGACUAUGACAUCCGCCUGACCCUGACAGCAGUGAUUGGCGUAGUGGGGGGAGUUAUCCUGGUGAUGAGCUGGUGGCGCUUCGGCUCAGUUAUGUCCUGUGUCGUCGUCGUCGGUCUCAUGCUGGGGUUCCUCAUCUCCUCCAUUGUCUUCUUCACGCCUGUCGGUGACAUACAGGUGUUCCGUUCGAAUGUGGUGUUCUGGGUGACGUUCAGCUGCAUCGUGGUGGUGGUACCGCUCUUCUUUGUCCGCUGGCCAAGAGAGGGUAACAUCACUACGUGUGGUGUAGCUGGAGCCUAUGCUGUGGUGCUGACUGUGAAUGCUUACAUCUAUACCAGCCUAUCCUACAUCACUCUUAACAUUCUCAAACGCUUCCUCAACGACAACUUUAGCAAGGCCUUUACUGAUGUGCCUUUCCAGGACAUUGAUUUCAUCAUGAUCACAGUGUGGGUGGUUCUGGGUGUGUCUGGUAUCGUGCUACAGCUCUACCGGGAACGCACACGGCCCUUCUUCCCCCCCAGCCCUUACCUCAUGUGGCUGCAAGAGCGGGAGCGCCGCAAGACCAAUGUUCUCGACCCAAGCCACCACACGUCCUCAAUCCCUUCCCGUCUCCUCGCCCGUGCCCGACAGUUGACUGGCAGGAGAGAGUCCGCUGGCGAGCGCACACCCCUCCUCCUUUAAACCCACCCACUCAACUUAGACCCAUUUUACCCAGCCAGGUAGACAGAUUCACCCCACUAGGAGGGUGCUAUGGGGUAUGGGCUCUCUAUCUACAGGGAAGCACCAUUGCGUUUGGAGUCUUUCUAUUCCAGGUUAUGGAUGUUUUGAUUCCAUUGAUGAUGGUAACAGUUCAUUAAGGUAUUAUUUAUAUAUGCUGUGGGAGGAACUUUGCCAUAAAGUGCACACAGAAUUUUCAAAGCAUUAUUUUUGAGCAUGAUUUGUUUCACUUCCUCAGUCUUGUGGUAUUUGGAAGCAUUUUCUUAGAGGGUACUGAGGAAGCUGUUACCGCUGCCACUUAAUAUUGUACCAAAAUAGUUGGGCACCAUCUCUCCUAGUACAUCACAGUUCCUUUAAACAACAAGGGUUACAGCAUACCGGUAUGGGCAACAUAUGUGUUUUAAUAGCACUGAAUAGCACAAGAAAAAUUUUGGAACAGUAAGAUGGAGACGCAUCAUGCAGCCAGUCAUUUUGAGGGGGCUUUGACAGCAACUUUUGGUAGGUGGGUAUUCAUUUUAGUGUAAAAGUAAGUAUACUUUGUUUAUCUUAACUUCUUCUGGCUGCAAGCCCGAGGCCGCCCACAAUAUGACAACAGCCACUUCAAGUGCAGGGCGCGAAAUUCAAAAUAUAUUUUUUUGAAAUAUUUAACUUUCACACAUUAACAAGUCCAAUACAGCAAAUGAAAGGUACACAUCUUGUGAAUCCAGCCAACAUGUCCAUUUUACAGCGAAAACAGCGCGUAUAUUUAUGUUAGCUCACCACCAAAUACAAAAAAGGACAGACAUUUUUCACAGCACAGGUAGCAUGCACAAAGCCAACCUAACUAACCAAGAACCAACCAAACUAACCAACAAACAACUUCAUCAGAUGACAGUCUUAUAACAUGUUAUUCAAUAAAUCUGUUUUGUUUGAAAAAUUUGCAUAUUUCAGGUAUAAAUCAUAGCUUACAUUGCAGCUACAAUCAGAAAUUGCACCGAAAGCAGACAGAAUAAUUACAGACACCAAUGCCAAAUACCUAAAUACUCAUCAUAAAACAUUUCUGAAAAAUACAUAGUGUACAGCAAAUGAAAGACAGGCAUAUUGUGAUUCCAGCCAAUAAUUCCGAUUUAUUAAGUGUUUUACAGCGAAAACACAAUAUAGCGUUAUAUUAGCUUACCACAAUAGCCAGAAACACAAGCCAUUCCCCAGCAGUAAAAGUUAGCGAUCGUGACAAACCAGUAAAAGAUAUAGAAUUUUUGACUAACCUUGAUAUUCUUCAUCAGAUGACAGUCCUAUAACAUCAGGUUAUACAUACACUUAUGUUUUGUUCGAAAAUUUGCAUAUUUAGAGCUGAAAUCAGUGGUUAUACAUUGUGCUAAGGUAGCAUCUUUUUCCCACAACGUCCGGAUAUUUUUCUGACACACAUAUUCUGACCAAAUAGUUAUUCAUAAACAUAACUAAAAAAGACAUGUUGUAUAGGAAAUGAUAGAUCCAUUAGUUCUUAAUGAAAUCGCCGUGUUGGAAUUCUAAAAAUAACUUCAUUACGACAUACAGCUUCGGUAUAGCUAGAGUACCCAAAAGCUAGGCGCCAACAACUAGUUCACAUGUACGACAGAUAUAUGAAAUAGCGUCAUAAAAUGUUUCCUACUUUUGCUGAUCUUCCAUCAGAAUGUUGUACAAGGCGUUCUUUGUCAAGAACAAUCGUUGUUUGGAUUUAGAACGGCCUCUUUCCCUCUCGAUUUAGCAAGCACACUAGCCAAGUGGCACGAAUCUCUCCAUGUCAACAAACGGAAGAGAACGGAACACGGCAAAACUCGCGAAAAAAUUGCAAUAAUCUGAUUAAACUAUAUUGAAAAAGCAUACUUUACGAUGAUAUGGUCACACGUAUCGAAUAAAAUCAAAACUGGAGAUAGUAGUCGCCUAUAACGAAAGCUUUUCAUAAGGCAAAUCCAGGUCCCUCCUCGCGCCUUCCUGAAAACAGGAAAUGGGUGACACGUCAUUCCAAGAGCUGUUAUUCCACUUCAGACCAAGAUAAACACCCCAUUUCUUCUCUCACCGCCUCUUGACAUCCAGGGGAAGGUGUAUGACGUGCAUUUAUACUAAUACGUAUCAUGCCCAUUUAUAGGCAGGACCUAGAAGAGAGCAUAGUUUUCAGACUUUCCACUUCCUGGUCAGGAAGUUUGUGCCAAAGGAGUUCUGUUUUACUCACAGAUAUAAUUCAAACGGUUUUAGAAACUAGAGAGUGUUUUCUAUCCAAUAGUAAUAAUAAUAUGCAUAUUGUACGAGCAAGAAUUGAGUACGAGGCCGUUUGAAAUGGGCACCUUUUAUCUGGCUACUCAAUACUGCCCCUGCAGCCUAAACAUGUUAAUACCACUCAAUGAAAUUGGAGGGCAUAUGUCCCCCCAGUUUUAAUGGGUAUGACACCACUGUCAGGGAGUUCUGGGUAUGCCCAUUUAGGCUCCAAUGGCUGUAAAUUGUUUUUAAUGUUUUGUCAACAUUUUCAUAUGCAAACUGUCACUUUUACACCAUGUUUUGUAAAACUAUUUAGAGGCCACUUUUUUUUCUCUUUGCUUUUUACAAAUAUAAACAAUUACAUUUUUAAUUAAUAUGAGAGCUGUUAUAUUGAAAUAGGCAUGUGUUUAGGGGACCCUUUUUGUGAAACGUAGUUGUUGAAUCAAACACUAUUAGUGGUAUGGGUGGGAACUUGCAGCCUAAAAUGUAUCCUCUUGAUUUCAUGGACAUGUUUGAUAGCACUCUAAAAUCAUAAACCACAAGUGGUAGGUGUAGGUGGAUCCUGAGCACUGAUGUUUAUAGGAAAUGGUGAUAUAGCCAAGCCCUUCAGUAUUUCCUGAAGUGUUAAGCAGUAGCAGGAAGAGCAAACGACAAGUGCCACAGCCUCUAUUGCUCUGUCAGGUGGCCUAACGCUUCAUUAAAGUGGGCUUGCUGCUUAUGUUCUCUAUUGCCAGCUUUUGUUUGGUAAAGCAUUUGUGUUUCCCCUAUGACUUUUUUUUAGCAGUGGUGCAAGGGUAGCUGGGUGGGUGCAUUGCUAGUAUUGUAAGCACAAUGUCCUGCCAGCUGUUCCCAUAGACCUCCAAUCAUUUGAGCCAAUGACUAUUCCUUUAAAAGCACGCCUCUGCAAUUUAUUGCAGUGGUGGACCACCGCUAAAUGAACCUAGGGGAAACACUGAUUUUAAGGGAGUCCAAUAUGUGUCUUCUGAGACUUUUCUUUAGGUUCUUUGUCUCAUUACCCACUCAGUAUGAAAAGCUGGCUUGAGGCAUUAAUGAUGUGUACAGGAGUUUGCCUGCAGUCACAUGACAUGGAUUAUUAAUGCAUUCCAUGACCAAUGUCAGUUUUUCCUCCAGAUGUAAUAUUGAAGCUUGAUUAAGUGGAUCAUUUAAGAGAUUAUUUUUCCUCUUGUGCAAAACAAGGUAUCCUCAGAUGCAGUGUAAUAUCCCACCAGUGAUUUUGUAAAUCCUCGCCAUUUGCACACGAUAGGAUGUUGAAUUAAAAUUUGAUAGGAAAUGAAUUGAUCUUUUAUGAUUAUCACCUGACAGGAUUCAGAUUAGGAAUAGUGUCAAGGAUGAAAGAUUGAAAUGCAAGUAGAAAUGGCCAUUUCUACUUUUCUCAGUCUCCAAACCAAAACGCACAGGGGUGUGAGGCCGACAUUGUAAAGUUAUAGCCAUACUGUUGAAAUGCCUCACUAGGAAAUGCUUCUAUGCACUAAGAUUACUGAUGAAGCUUUCUUAAAAGUUAAGGUUGCCUUCCAGUAUUUUUCACUGCAGCUGUUAGGUACUUACCGUGUCAUGUUUUAAAAUGGGCUGUUUGUCUGUGUUUCUGUUUUGUGUGAGAAAUGAUUUGAUAAAUUGUUUUUCCUAAAAAUCA